AUGAACGGCAGUCGGUCCCACAACCCCAACGGCUCUGGCUCCAGUGGGCGGCCCAGCGAAGAUGGCCGCGGUCCAAGGGCGCCCCCGCCUGCCGCGAGCAAUGGCCGCGCAGAAAAAUAUGAAGAUGAGAAGCGCAGGAUCAUCGAAAGUUGUUUCAGCAAGAUGGACCCGAACGGAGCCUUAUCCGAGUCUUAUAUCACCCACUUGCGCGUCUCCGAGGAUGCUGCCCAUCCCCAGACCCCUCCGCCACCCAACUCUCCAGCGCAAAAUAAGAAGCCCCGUGUAAUCAUAAUCGCGGUGCGGAGCUCUGGCAGGGUCCGCGUUCAUAAGGCCCGCGAAAAUGCCAAUGGCUCAUUUUCAAUCGGCAAGACGUGGCAUAUGGAGGAUUUGUCGGCGGUUGAAUCGUUCGCCAAUGCUGCACCUGCCACGCCGGAGCAGCAGCAGCGCAAGGACUGGGCAGGGCCUACUGGAUUUAUAGUGACGCUUGCGAAGCCCUACUACUGGAACGCAAACUCACCGAAGGAGAAAGACUUCUUCAUCAACAGCUUGAUCAAGAUUUACGGAAAGUAUACAUCCGGCAAGGUCCCACAACUGAUUGGGUUCAGCCAGAAGGAACUGGAUAUGAUGCUGCGCCCGCCGACGGGUCAGGGUCCAAGGGGUCCUCCGAGCCAGGGCCCUCCGGGAAAGCUACCGCCUGCCAGUCCUGGUCCCCGCCCUCCACCCUCUCGGUCUGGUGAAUCUCCAAGCCGCCGUCCGGUUGCGGGCCCACCUGGUGAUGCUGGUGCGCCCAGGCCUCUGCAGCCGAGGAGUCGACCUGGUACUGCGGGUGAUGAUAGGGAUAGGUCAGGCUCGCGCGGGCCCCCGUCUCGUGGAGGAGAGCUCCCUCCAGGCUUGCCCAAUCCCCGGGAUCCUUCAAGGCAGCCCCAGCCAAGGCCACAACCGUCGCGAGAACUUCGCAAGCCACCAAGCAGAGAGCAGAUGCGGCCGCGCCCAAGUCAGGAGCAAUUUAGGCCUUCCCCUCCUACUGGCCCCCCGGGGCAGUCUCCUUCUCUUGCACCUUCUCAUCUUACCCCGCAAUCCUCUCAAUCCGAGUUUUCUCAAAGGCCCACAUCGCCCAUUCGUGAACGUAAUCCCAAGUUGCCUCUUCAGAUACCUCAAGCAAGUCCUGGAAGACAGAGAGAUUAUGCUAAAUCGCCAAUCGAGAGGGCAGAUGCGUUUCCAAGGUCGCCGAUUGAUAGGGCGAGAUCGCCUGUUGACAGGAGGGCAGACGAUGCUAGCUCCAUGGAGAGUUCCUUGCUUGCAAGCUCAACAUUUGAUAGGUUCGGGCCCAACGGGGCUAGAAGAGACCCCUCGCCUCAGGGCCUACGCCCGACAACUUCCCACAGUACUAUGUCGAGGAAUGAGGAGAAUGUUGAGGAGAAAUCCGCUGAGGCGCCACCGGAGCGCAAGCGGCCGCCCAUGCUUUCCCCUCUCGAAACCAGUGGUCACAACUCAGAUGCUCCCAAAUCCCCUCGAUAUGACGACAUGCCUCCGGCCUUGAGGUCGCCUCGCCCGCCCCCAUCGCCUCGUGCCCCUCCAUCACCGCGAGUCCCUCCGUCAAGAGAAGGGCCGUUGGCCAACGGGCCAAGAGGUCCGCCUGGACCGUUCCUGUCGUCCGAUACCAAUUCGAUGACGAAAGUAAAGGAUGAUGCGCCGGAGCCGGUUAAGCCUCUCAAUAAUAUUAGCGCUGUCGAAACCAAGGAACUGAUGGCCGAGCCCGAACCUGAGCCCGCGCCCGCGCCCGCGGAAUCUGAACCGGAGCCUGCACCGGAGGAGCCUGCGCCCGAGCCUACGCAGGAACCGACACCCGACCCAACUCCAGAGCCUGAAGUCUCUGAGACACCAUCGCCUCUUGCAGUCAGACCGCCUCCAAGGAAAGACGACGAGCCGGAAGAGGCCGAGAAACCAGGUCUGGGUCCAAUGAUCGGAAAGAAAAAGUUGGGUGCUGCUAUUGAACGAGGGGCUGAUGGAAAACCGAACAUGGCCGAUGUUUUGCGUAAGGCAGCCAACGCAUACGGUGCGUUCAAACCACGCGCUGGCGGUGCCGCUCAGAAGUUCAAGGCCGCAUUGGCAGAUGCACCUUCAGAGCAAAAACCGGACGGUAUCACAGGAGUUUUCAACGCACCCUCGUUGAAUAGGCAACACACCGAUGAUAGUACAAAGGUGGAGACGCCAAAGGGCUUGGAGGCCCCGGAAUUUCCUGCUCCUGAGCCAACCGCCGAAGAGAAGCCUGCUGCAGAGAGUGCUGCCGAACCCGACCUUCCUGGGCUCAUUGUCUCGGCCCCUACCAUCGGCCCUGAACCAACAGAAGCUCCUGCAGGAGAUGCAGCAUCCAGAUCGCCGAGCCCGGAUGGGAAGCGUGGUAAAUCUCCGGAGGACAUACGCAGACAGAGAAGACGGUCCAACCAGCAGGCUAAGUAUCUCGCCUCACUGGGUUUGGAUGCGACUGUUCUGGACGUCAGGGGCUUGGAGAUCGAGUCGAUUCUCUCCGAUUUUGGAUGGGGCAGCGCAACCAUGCAGCCAAAGAAGCUUGAAGCCUUUGAAGCAGAUCUCAAGCGCGAAAUAGCCCGCGUCGAAGCUGGAAGUUGGCUGAACAACACUGAUCACAAUGAUGACAGAGUGGAGGCAGUCGAGAAGAUGCUUGACAAAGUCAUCAGCGAGUGUGACGAACUUGAGGGCCUAUUGACACUGUACAAUGUCGAGCUCAGCAGUCUGAAUGAUGACAUCGCCUUCAUCGAGGCACAGAGUCAAGGUCUUCAGGUCCAGACAGCUAACCAGAAGCUUUUGCACUCUGAGCUGCAGAAGCUUGUCGACACUAUCUCUAUCGACACGAGACAACUGGAACCUCUAAGAGCUGCGAAGAUCGGCAAGCCUGAAGGCUUGGAGGUCAUCGAGAAUUCGCUGCUCUUGCUUUACAAGGCCAUGAUUACCAUCGAUCCUGCCAUCCGUCAAGGUGCUGAAGUAGUUGACGGCGCGUCCGGUAUGGGCAACAGCGAGCUUUCUAACAUGAGAGCAUUGCAAGAGAAGAAGCAGAGGUAUCUACAGGAGGCUGCUGUCUUCCUCAAACGCCUGGGUCAGCACAUGGAUAUGACGUUUGGUGCUGCACUGCUCAACACCAGAGAUGCAAUCUCACGGCAAAAUUCCGGCGGCCUAUCGACAAGGCUGGAUCCUGCCACUCACGAUUUUGCACGCAACGCAUUGUGGCAAUACAGUCCGUUGUUGCUUUUUGCCAAGGAAAUUGAUCUGCAGACGUGGGAUAAUCUUCUGAAGAUGUACCAAGCCCGCGCUCGGCCGGUGUACCAAGAAGAGUUUAGGGAUAAUGCUUCCGCAUGGAAGAAGAUGGCCCGCAGGCCUACAGGCGAAGAGCAGGAUCUUCUAUUUACCUCGCAGGAGAAGGACACUGAGACUCUCAAGACGACAGCCCGCAAGCUCACCGUUAAACGCAGCGGCACUCUGGCGAGGGGCCUCCGCUCAAACUCCAACGAAAAGGCGGACAAGGGUGGACGUCUUUACCCCUACGAGGCUUUUGCUGGCGCUCUUGAUGAGAUGGCACCUCUGGUUUUCACGGAGCAGAACUUCGUCGUGGAAUUCUUCCACGCAUCAUCUACCGAGAACGUCGACUUCGCUGAUGCCGUUACCGCCGCGCCGCCACACGCGAGGAAGGGGUCGAAUUUGCUCGCGCGGAAGAUGUUUGAGCCUGAUCGGGCACUGGCAAAGCGAGUUGUCGAGGUCAUGGAUGAUAUCUUUUCGUUCUGGCCUACAGAGCUACAAAACCUCGUUGAGUUUGUGGUCAACAGUGAUCCACUGCAAGGUGUCGGCAUCCUGGCCUGCUUGGACCGCAAGCUUAUCGAGUAUGAGGAGACCAACCAGGACUUCCUCACGCGCACUUUCCAGGCUCUCCAGACGCGCCUCGCCGGGCUGUUCAACCGUUUCGUUGAUACGCAAAUAACUGCUAUCGAAGAUACAAAGGUCAAGAUCAAGAAGAGGAAGGGUGUCAUCUCUUUCUUCAAGACCUUCCCGCACUUCUCCGGCGCCAUUGAGAACAUGAUCCCGCCGGCCGAUGAUCUCGAACGUCUCGAGGUGAGAACCAUGGUUGAUGACGCAUACCAAAAGAUCAACAAGGCCAUGUUCGAAAGUUUGAAGGUGAUUGCAAAGGAAAGCCCGGCCGCGAUGGCGGCGCAGAGCGCGGCUGUCGGGGGUGCCGGCGCGGACCCUGAAGACAAGGAGGCGCUGAACUACCACAUUCUCCACAUUGAGAACAUGAACCACUACAUCGAGGAAGUUGAAACGCACGGAGAUCUUGUGCUGGGCGAGUGGAAGGAAAAGGCCAAGGCCGAGAUGGACGAGCAUCUGGCGCUGUAUCUUGACGCCAUCAUCAGAAGGCCACUCGGCAAGCUCUUGAAGCGAAUGCAGGAUUUCCUCGACCCUAUCCCCAGCAUCCUGGGAGCCCUCCCAGCUGGCACGCCGCCGUCGGCCAUUGCCAGCCGCCCUUCACACUCUCGUACCGUGUUCAAGAAAGUCACGGCGUCGCACGAUAGCAAGGAAAUCAGGAAGGGCAUCGAAGCUCUGCGGAAGCGCGUUGAGAAGCACUUUGGCGAUGCGGAUGAUCCGGGUCUCAGCCGCAACCUGGUGGUCAAGGUCCUGGGUGAGUGCGAGAGGAAGUAUCAGGACGUGUGGCAACAGCUCAUCAGCAUCAACAACGACGUGUAUGGCGGAGAGGUGGAUGUUGGCAGUUGGGGCGAUGAGAUUGCGGGAUCGUUCAAGGGACGGUGA